UUUACUGUAGCUUUACGAAUUCAGUCAUCAAGUAAAGAAAAUCAAACACAUUUCUCUCUGUUUUUCAGUUUUGUUCGCAAACCUUAAGCUAGUUUUACAAAAUAGACAUGGAGAAUGGUCAGGAUCAGGGUAAACAAUCAUCAAGAUCUAAGAAACGUAUUACCAUUCAUGACUCUGCUCAGUCGGGGGAUGUUGAUGGGUUUCAUAAGCUACUUCAGGAGAAUCCAUCUCUUCUCAACGAAAGAAAUGCAAUUAUGUUGGAGACACCCCUUCAUCUUUCUGCUGGUAACAACAAGACAGAAAUAGUGAAAUUUCUGCUUGAAUGGAAAGGAGAUGACAAAGUUGACUUGGAAGCGAAAAAUAUGUGUGGAGAAACUCCAUUGCAUUUAGCAGCCAAGAAUGGAUGCAAUGAAGCUGCACGGUUACUUCUUGCUCAUGGUGCUCAUGUUGAAGCUGAAAAUAUUUGUGGAGAAACCGCAUUGCAUUUAGCAGCCAAGCAUGGGUGCAGUGAAGCUGCACGAUUACUUCUUGGUCAUGGUGCUCUUGUUGAAGCUGAAACUGAGUAUGGAGCAACACCACUAAAACUUUCGGUUUUGCACUCAAUUCGAACUGAAGACUGUUCAAUUGUCAAGACUUUGCUCGAGAAUAAUGCUGAUUAUAAUGCUAAAGAUGAUGAGGGCAUGACUGUUCUAGAUCAUCUUUCAAAAAUCCAAGAAAGUGGGAAGUUGCGUGAUGUACUUCUCUCUCAUCAAGAAGAGCAACGAAAAAAAAAGGCACUUGAAGCAUGCAGCAAGGAAAAAGAAACGAUGGAUGCCCUUGAUAAAGAGCUAUCAUAUAUCGUGGGUCUGGAUGAACUCAAGAUGCAACUUCGGAAAUGGGCAAAGAGCUUUCUUGUGGAUGAGAGGCGCAAGGCCCUUGGACUGAUAGUUGGCACUGAAAGACCUCCUCACAUCCCAUUUCAAGGAUAUCCUGGAACAGGAAGGGUGCUUCCCCACGGUAGGCCUCCACUGGCGAAACCUUUGUCAAAGAUGAAUGUUGGCAGCGGAAAACUUCCUCCUAUGGCAUUUCCAGGAAAUCCGGGAACAGGGAGGGCACUGCCUCACCCUGGGCUUGCACUGCCUCCGCCAUUGCCGAAAGUUGGCACCAGAAGACUUCCUCACAUGGCAUUCCUAGGAAAUCCUGGAACAGGUAAGACAAUGGUGGCUCGAACCCUUGGAAGACUACUCCAUAGUGCGGGAAUUUUGCGUACCCCUAUUGUAAAAGAAGUUCAAAGGACAGAUUUAGUUGGUGAAUAUAUUGGCCAGACUGGACCAAAGACUAGGGAAAAGAUCAAACAAGCCGAGGGAGGUAUUCUUUUUGUGGAUGAAGCUUAUCGACUAAUCCCUUGGGAGAGAUGUGGCCGUGACUUUGGGUUAGAAGCCUUAGAAGAGAUCAUGUCUUGUAUGGACAGUGGAAAUGUUUUAGUCAUAUUUGCUGGGUACAAUGAACCAAUGCAACGUGUAAUAUCUUCUAAUGAAGGUUUCAGCAGAAGGGUUACUAACAUUUUUAAGUUUAAAGAUUUGAGCUGUGAAGAAUUAGCUAAUCUUCUCCAUAUCAAGAUGAGUAAUCAAGCGGAGGAUAACUUGUUAUAUGGGUUCAAAUUACAUUCUUCUUGUAGUGAAAAUGCCAUUGCAGAGCUAAUAGAGAAAGAGACAACAAAAGUGCAACGUAUGAAAAUGAAUGGAGGUUUAGUGGAUAUAAUGCUAAAUAAUGGCAAGGAGAAUUUGGAUUUUAGGAUUACUGAUGAUUGUGUAGAGAGUGAUGAAUUGCUUACGAUCAAAUUAGAGGAUUUUGAAGCGGCUUUGAGAUUUUUACCCAAAUAACAUCACUCUUAGUGUUUGAGUGUGACGUAUAAGUCUUCUGGGUUUGUGCGUGUUUAAGAAUUAAGUUAGCUUGUUUAUCAGUUGAACUUUUCAUUUGUAUUUGCAAUAUAACUAUUUUAAGUAUUUGGGAUAAUAAAAUCUCCACUCUUUGUUUGUCAUUUC